GAAAUAUCCAGUUGAAUUGAUCGUUCCUUUACAUAUUUCAAGUGCGAUCGUUAAACAAAGCAGAUGGAAUCCCACAGCACAAAGUUAUACUUCUGUUUCCACUAAUUAAAAAAAUAUGCAAGUCAGUCGCCUGGCCAAGAGCGUCACUUUUGCCGCGUGCAGCCCCUACUCCAGCGUGGCUCUGCGAGGUUUGUCUUCAAUCAGUAUUUUGUCCAGGCUGUUUGGAGGCUCAUUCAGCGAGCCUAAACCGAAAAAAGUUCCCAGCUACCUAAAGGUGCAUGGUGUUGAAAUCCAGGACGAGUUUCAAUGGUUAAAAGAUCGUGGAUCGAGGGCUGUACGCAAUUAUGUCAAACAAGAAAACAGAUAUUGUGAUGCUGUGUUGUCUGAUACAGAAGCUUUCCAGGAGAAUCUGACAAAUGAGAUGAAAGACUGGUUUCAUAAGCAUUUUGAUGAUGAGUCUGUUCCAGAAGAGCUAGAUGGUUAUAUCUAUUAUUUGAGCAAUCCUCCCAAAGACUCUUACCUACCUGUGUAUUGUAGAAGAAAAAUAUUAGAAGAUGGUUCAUAUGGUGACCCAGAAACAAUACUAGACCAGAAUGAAUUAAAAGAACGAUACAAUUAUGUUUCAAUACCAAGAAUUAAAAUAUCUCCCUCAGGAAGGUACAUAGGCUUUUUGCUGGACAAAAGUAAUACUGGGAUGUACACCUUGUUUGUUACUGAGGCACAUGAAGGGAUCAUAAAUUUUAUUGAUGCCAUACCAAAUGUUGUAAAUUUUGAAUGGGGAUGUGAUGACCUCACCAUUUACUACAGCAGACCAGAUGAACAAAAUCGACCAUUUGCUGUGUUAAUGCACAAAACCUGUCAGAGUGUUCUAACAGAUGUUGUUCUGCAUGAAGAGAAAGAUGAAAGAUUUAUUGUUGAUGUAAGUGCUACUAAAGACAGGGAAUUUAUUACAAUCAACUGCAACUCAAGGUCAACAUCUGAGGUUAGCAUUGUAGACAUCAAGGAUGGUUCAUUUGUUUGUAAACCUCUCCACCCGAGGCAACAGGGGAUGGAAUACUAUGUGGAUCAUAGAGAUGAUCAGUUUUAUAUAAUAACAAAUGCGGAUGAAAAAAACUAUCGAGUGAUGGCUGCACCAAAGAGCAAUCCAGGAAAGGAAAACUGGCAAACAUUUAUUAAAGACAAAGCAGAGAAUUUCCUAGAUGAUAUGGAUAUAUUUCAGAACUACUGUGUGGUAUAUGAGAGAUGUAAAACAAUUCCCCAGCUCCGUGUUGUACCACUAGAUACACCUCAAGAUCAGUAUGUAGUGCAGCUUCCUGAAGAUGUUUGUGUUUUAGAAGCUGGAUCCAAUCUGAUGUUUGAUCAUGACAGUGUGCGACUAACAGUUUCCUCACCAAUAUUACCAGCUCAAGUCUUGGAGUAUAACAUGGGGACCAAGUCAAUGGUUGAAAAACAUAGCUUCUCUGUUUUGCCAUCUUUUGACAGCUCAGACUUUUGCUGCACCCGACUUGAAAUACAAAGUAAAGAUGGAACUCACAUACCUGUCACGUUAUUUCAUCACAAAGAUCUAAAAAAGGAAGGAAGCAAUCCCCUACUUCUACAUGUUUAUGGUUCCUAUGGUAUCAAUGUCAACAUGGGUUUUGAUGUGGAAAGGAUCAGUCUGUUAAAACGGGGAUGGUGUCUUGCUUUCUGUCAUGUCAGAGGUGGAGGAGAACUUGGACGGGAGUGGUACUUAGAUGGAAAGUUACAGAAUAAACAUAAAGGCUUUGAGGAUUUUGAAGCUUGUGCUAAAGCACUGCAUAAUUUGGGGUAUUCCAACCCACAGUUAACGGCAGCACGCGGGACAAGUGCAGGGGGAUUGAUAGUGGGAGCCGUCUGUAACAGAUCACCUGAGUUAUUUAAGGCAGUUAUUCUUAAGGUUCCAUUUUUAGAUAUUUUGACGUCAAUGUUGGAUCCUUCUCUUCCAUUGACAGUUCAGGAAUAUGAAGAGUGGGGUGAACCUGGGUCCAAUGAAAGUGAUUUUCAUUACAUUAAAUCCUACUGUCCGUACCAGAACAUUAAAGAUCAGGUGUACCCUUCAGUGAUGGUGACCACGGCAAUGAAUGAUGAUCGUGUGCCUUACUGGCUGCCCCUGAAGUGGGUCGCUCGACUAAGAGAUCAGUUGUCUCACCAUGCCCAGGGAGAAAAGCCCCUGGUAGUCUGUCAUGUUGAAUACUAUGGAGGACACUCAGAAACAGAAGGAGUGUACCACAGAAUUGAAAAGGCAGCAAAGGAGUACGCUUUUCUUUUCAAGGCAUUAGGACUGCCCCUGGAGUAAUAUUUGAACUUUGUUCUGUGGAUGAUGACAGCUUUAGAUCAAGAGGUGGAAGGAUUGUGGACUGUGAAGUUUUACUUGCUACGAAGUAGUGAAUAAAAUAUUAUGAAAGGGGCAGAUUCUUAACUGCUUUUUUAGUUUAUUUACUUUUUUCUAAUAAAAGCUUUACACGCUUUAAAAUCCUUCACGCUGUCAUAUUGACGUCAUAAACUACCAGGAAACUUUGCGAGGUAAAACGUGGCGGCUAGUGGGAAAAUUGAAGAUAAAAGAUCCGAAAACGAAACACUCAGUAUUCAAGUCAGUUGAAUUUUUUCUCCUUUUGAGCGAAGCCCAUGCUUUAAACCAUCAAUUCAGUUUUAAAUCAUACCAAACUUAUGGUCUAGAGCUUAAGCGUUU